AUGACCACAGUACUGAAAGAGGAAGCAUAUGGAAAGACAUCAGCACAGCUAAUGGAGGAAAGCUCCAGUCAAGAUCUCCCUUUCCAGACAGCGGAACGCAGGUGCAUUCUGCGCCCCCCAACCGUGCCCGCGGGCGUGUCCUGGGCCACCUCCCCGAAAACGUUCGCUGCCAGCCUCCUGACCAGGUGCGCCAGGGCCGAAGCUGUACACGGGUACUACCGGCAGGACCUGACAAUACCUGAAAUUCCACCAAAGCCUGGAGAACUCAAAAGGGAGCUUUGGGGACUGAAAAAGAGACAACAUGAACCUCAAAUUUCUCAACAAUAG